UGUUCGAUUUCCAUCUUGACUCUUACCCGUUCGUUCUCGAAGCAACUGCUCAUGGCGACAAGCUUAGGAGACGACAGCGUCAUCCUCGUCUGUGCGAGUCCGAAUCCGAUCGAAACUGAUUUCUCUAAUGUGGAAAUCCUGAUUUCAACUGCCGAUAUUCUCAGCUGGGAUCUCCCGUCCAUACUUCUUUCCCAAACAAUCAAAAUCCAAGCUGAUCGAACUAGGCUCGUUGAACAUUCUUCAUAUUUCUGUGGUCUCCUAGGUGGGAGCUUCAGUGAGUCAAGUCUGAACAGUAUUUCUAUCAAGUGGAACUUGGAAACAUUUUUGAAUGUCCUCAAGUGUAUGUAUGGAUGCCCAUUGGACAUUACUUCCAAAAAUUUCCUACUUCUUUUUGAGGGAGCACUUUAUUUUGGAGUGGAGACACUUCUCUUGCAAUGUAAAUCUUGGCUUUUCAAGGUAGCUUCAUUUAGUGAUCAUGGGAGGCUGCAGAUAGAGUUGGGUGAUUUGAUUCAUAUAUGGAGUUUUAGUUUAGGCCAUGCUAUUGAUUUUGUUCAACAGUUAUGUGAGGGCUAUCUUGCAAGGAAUUUUGUAUGUUCAUCACUUUCUUAGCUCUUGAAGUAAUAUCAGUUCAUGAUCUCGUCCCAAGAUCCUGCAGCAUCAAUUUGUUAAUAGAGGAUUAAGUUUUAUUAGAAAUUUUCACUCUCUUCAUCUUACUUUUAAAGUGUAACAAGUCCUGUGUUUGACAUGGCAAGUUAUCAUUGAUCAGUGUAUCUUUUUUCCGAAGGAAUGUUUGCUCUUAUCACAGUGCUUUAACCAUUAAUUGGGCAAUGAUGAAUUAUGGUUUGUUCACAGAUGUCAGCCAUACCUAGUAAAUGUUUCAAAGAUGUUCCCUAUGAUAUGCUAUUAACCUGUGUAAAGCAUCCUGAUUUGACAGUAGAAAGUGAGAUGCAUCUUGCUGAUGCAUUAUUAACUUGGAUUGAUGCUAACAUAGAAAUGCUGAAAAGUUCAAGUGAAACUGAGUGUGAUUUCCGUGACAUUUUACAACAGAUUCGCAUUAGCUUGUUGCCGUUGUGGUUUGCUGCAGGGAAGAGAAGGUCCUAUUUUUCUGAGCUUGCGGAUACAAGCAUUGACUCAAUUUUUAGACUAAUAGAAGCUACAUCUGGAGGCUCAAGAAAUAUUUUGAAUGAUGGUGACUCUUGCCAGCUUAGGAUUCGAUUCAGUGAAUACUCUAAGAGAGUGGACCUUUCUUGUUGUCCGCAGAUAACAUCGGCAAUUCUGUUCCAGUCUCUUCUUCCUUUUAGAGACCUAUUAUUGAAGGAAAAUGGCAAAGAAUUUCUCAGCAAUCUUGAACAUGAUAAAUUUCAACCCUCACAGAAACUCCUGCAAAAUUUGCCUUCCCUAGCAGUUCAGGAGGUUGAUAUCUCUAAGUGUCCAAGGCUGCAUCUUAACACUGCCAUUGAGUGCUUUUCCCAGUCAUUCCCAUCUUUGAAAACACUGAAAGCUGCUCAUCUUCUGAACUUUAAGACAACCACUUUGCAUAGAUUGGUGCAGAAUUGUCCUCUAGUCUCUGAAGUUGACUUGGCUUUGGAUAUUGAUCCAUUGGUAUCAUCAGAAGCAUGUGUUGCAUCCUCUAGUCCACUGCAACCAGGCUGCUCUUCCAUUCACCAUGGUUCUUCUGCCACAGUAUAUUCUAAAAUGAAACCAUCAUUAUCAAACAUAAGAAAACUGACAUUGGAAGGCCGCAAUGAGCUCUCUGAUAUGGAUCUCCUGAAUAUCUCAGACUUCUGUGCUUCAUUAUGUUAUGUGAACAUUAAAGGUUGUAUAUCGAUAACAGAUAAUGGUAUAGCAUCUUUUAUUCACAGAUGUAGCAAUCUACAUUCUAUUAUAGUUUGUCUUACUUCUUUUGGGAUGAAUUCAAUUCAAGCUCUUUGUUCUAGUGAUCCUAGUUUCAGUAAUUCUAUGACUUCACAUUUUGGAAAGAAGUACUCGUUUUCAUUGGCAUCCAAUCUUCAAAUACUACAUAUGGGAGGUUGCAAAGGUGUUGAUCAAGCUUCUUUACUAGAGGUCAUAUCUCAAACACAAAUGAUGAAGAGUCUUUGCUUGGGAGACACACACCUUGCUGAUGAUGCUCUCUAUAGUUUCUUAGGUUCUUCACUAGAGAUGCUUGAUGUUUCUAAUACAGUGAUUUCAGGAGCUGCUUUAACUCAUGUUGUCCGAAGAAAUCCUGGCUUAAAGUCUCUGAAUGUGAGCGGCUGUAAAAAUUUAUUACAGCAGGAAAUUAGUGUGAAAGAGGAAAAAUUUUCUUCAUCGUAUUCAUGUGGAGAACUGUUUAUCGAGUUGGGCAAGACAUGCAGAUUGGAAGAAAUUGUUGUGGGAUGGGGUUUGUCUUACUUUUCACUGGAAGCUCUAAAACCUGCAAUUUUGUCUUUACGAGCAAUUACUGUAGGCCUGGGUGGAUCAUUGCCUGAAGACGCACUGAAAUUGCUACCUGCUAGCUGUCCUUUGCUGGAGUCAUUGAUUCUUAAUUUUCAGGUAAUAUCUGAUAGCAUUAUGAUGAACCUUAUAGCAUCCUUGAGACAAUUGCAAAUUUUGGCUUUGUGCUAUUGUUUUGGCGAUAUUUCCAUAUCAAGCUUCAAGUUGUCCAUGCCUAAUCUACGGAAAUUGAGGCUUCAAAGAGUAACUCCUUGGAUGGACAACAAGGAUUUGGUUUGUCUGACUCAGAAUUGUCCAAAAUUGAUUGAGCUUUCUCUGAAAGGGUGCCCUCUCCUCAAUUCAGAUUCUCAACAAAUCAUCUCAUCUGGAUGGCCAGGCUUGAUCUCUAUCCAUCUUGAGGUUUCUUAUCAACAGUUUCCGCUGAAUUUUGGGGCAAAUUUUUAAUUUUUAAAACUUCCCUUUACUUUGCUUAAUGAAAAUCAGCAGAAACAUGGCUUGAUAACCGCUCAUGUCUUUCUUCUAUUUUGACCCAUUUGUUUUGUCAAACAGGAUUGUGGAGAAGUAACAGCAAAUGGCAUUUCUUCUCUUUUUAACUGCAUAGCUCUUGAAGAUCUCUUGCUGCGCCACACGGGCACAGGGAUACCAAAAAACUUCAUUCUUGACGCAGCUUCCAGGAUGUCAACACUUCGACAAUUAGCAAUUGACUUGUGUGAUGCAUGUAAAGGUGAAUAUGACAUUCCUGAAGAUUGUUCUGACAGUUAUUCCCUAAGGACAAUCAAGAUUACACGAUGCAAGCUUCAAAGAGACAAUUUUGGUUUUCGUCGAAAACCAAUGCAUAAGGAGACACUAGUACUACUACAUAACACCAAAAAUCUGGUAAGAAAACUUGUGAAAGAAAGAUUGUAGCCUUGGACAAUGAGUUAGGUAAUGGAAAGCAUAUUUUCCAUGCAGAUCAGAAUACAUAUAUACCCUGUUUGUUUGUAUAAAUGGUUGCCUUCUAAACAUGUCUAUUUUGUCUGUUGGUUGUCAGUUUUUACAACUUGUACUAAACAUGUUUUGUUUUUAGUUUUUGAUCUUGAUUUCCUGUUUUGGUUAUUAAAUUUUUUACUAUCAA